GCCCGCCCCGACCGGAAGAAGCCGGGACACAAGGCACUUAUAGGGCUGGGAAUGGGGGUGUCGCCGCCGCCCAGUCAGCUCCGUGUCCACCGAUCCUCCGCCGGUGCCGCGCUGUCGUUGCGGCGCCCCCGUCCAGCCCUCUGUUCGCGCGGGCUCCAGAACCGGCCGGCGGGGCCCGGAGUCAGGGCCACGUCCUGCCAUGCCGGCCCGGUGGCUGUUGCUCCUGCUGGCGCUGCUGCUACCGCCGCCCGGCCCCGGGAGUUUUGGAAGAACCAGCACAGUUACACUGCCUGAGACCUUGUUGUUUGUCUCGACCCUGGAUGGAAGCUUGCAUGCUGUUAGCAAGAGGACGGGCUCCAUCAAGUGGACUUUAAAAGAAGAUCCAGUCCUGCAGGUCCCAACACACGUGGAAGAGCCGGCUUUCCUCCCAGAUCCCAAUGAUGGCAGUCUGUACACACUUGGAGGCAAGAACAACGAAGGCCUGACGAAACUUCCCUUUACCAUCCCAGAAUUGGUUCAGGCCUCCCCAUGCCGAAGUUCAGAUGGAAUCCUCUACAUGGGUAAAAAGCAAGAUAUUUGGUAUGUUAUCGACCUCCUGACUGGCGAGAAGCAGCAGACUUUGUCAUCGGCCUUUGCUGAUAGUCUCUGCCCAUCAACUUCCCUUCUAUAUCUUGGACGGACAGAAUACACCAUCACCAUGUAUGACACCAAGACCCGGGAGCUCCGCUGGAAUGCCACCUAUUUUGACUAUGCAGCCUCACUGCCGGAAGACGACGUGGACUACAAGAUGUCCCACUUUGUGUCCAAUGGCGAUGGACUGGUGGUAACUGUGGACAGUGAAUCUGGGGAUGUCCUGUGGAUCCAAAACUAUGCCUCUCCUGUGGUGGCCUUCUACGUCUGGCAGGGGGAGGUCCUGAGAAAGGUGGUGCACAUCAACGUUGCUGUGGAGACUCUACGCUACUUGACCUUCAUGUCUGGGGAAGUGGGGCGCAUCACCAAGUGGAAGUAUCCAUUCCCCAAGGAGACAGAGGCCAAGAGCAAGCUAACGCCUACUCUGUAUGUUGGGAAGUAUUCCACCAGCCUCUAUGCCUCUCCCUCAAUGGUGCAUGAGGGGGUUGCUGUCGUGCCUCGAGGCAGCACUCUUCCUUUGCUGGAAGGCCCCCAGACAGAUGGCGUCACCAUUGGAGACAAAGGAGAGUGUGUGAUCACUCCCAGCACAGACCUCAAGUUUGACCCUGGACUCAAAGGGAAGAGCAAGCUGAACUACUUGAGGAAUUACUGGCUUCUCAUAGGUUAUCAACAUAGUUGGCCAGACUUCAGACAACACACCGACCACCGUAUCUCAGGAUGUGGAGGAGAAGCUCGCUCGCGCCCCUGCCAAGCCUGAGGCCCCCGUGGACUCCAUGCUCAAGGACAUGGCUACCAUUAUCCUGAGCACCUUCCUGCUGGUUGGAUGGGUGGCGUUCAUCAUCACUUACCCCCUGAGCGUGCAUCAGCAGCGUCAGCUCCAGCACCAACAGUUCCAGAAGGAGCUGGAGAAGAUUCAGCUCCUGCAGCAGCAGCAGCUGCCCUUCCACCCACACGGAGACCUUACCCAGGACCCUGAGUUCCUGGAUUCAUCUGGCCCCUUCUCAGAGAGCUCUGGCACCAGCAGCCCCAGCCCAUCCCCCAGAGCCUCCAACCACUCCCUCCACCCCAGCAGCUCUGCCUCCAGGGCCGGCACCAGCCCCUCUCUGGAGCAGGAUGAUGAGGAUGAGGAAACCAGAAUGGUGAUUGUUGGGAAAAUUUCAUUCUGCCCCAAGGAUGUCCUGGGUCAUGGAGCUGAGGGCACAAUUGUAUACAAAGGUAUGUUUGACAACCGAGAUGUGGCCGUGAAGAGGAUCCUCCCUGAGUGUUUUAGCUUUGCCGACCGUGAGGUCCAGCUGCUUCGAGAAUCAGACGAGCACCCAAAUGUGAUCCGCUACUUUUGCACAGAGAAGGACCGGCAGUUCCAGUACAUUGCUAUCGAGCUGUGUGCAGCCACCCUACAAGAGUAUGUGGAGCAGAAGGACUUUGCCCACCUUGGCCUCGAGCCCAUCACCCUGCUUCAUCAGACCACCUCAGGCCUGGCACACCUGCAUUCUCUCAACAUUGUUCACAGAGACCUGAAGCCCCACAACAUUCUCCUCUCCAUGCCCAACGCACAUGGCAGGAUCAAGGCGAUGAUCUCUGACUUUGGCCUCUGCAAGAAGCUGGCAGUGGGCAGGCACAGUUUCAGCCGCCGUUCAGGGGUACCUGGCACUGAAGGGUGGAUCGCCCCAGAGAUGCUGAGUGAAGACUGUAAGGACAACCCUACCUACACGGUGGACAUCUUUUCUGCAGGCUGUGUCUUUUACUAUGUCAUCUCUGAGGGCAACCAUCCUUUUGGCAAAUCCUUGCAGCGGCAGGCCAACAUCCUCCUGGGCGCCUGCAACCUUGACUGUUUCCACUCAGACAAGCAUGAGGACGUCAUUGCUCGUGAAUUGAUAGAGAAAAUGAUUGCUAUGGAUCCCCAGCAGCGUCCCUCUGCAAAGCACGUGCUGAAACACCCCUUCUUCUGGAGCCUGGAGAAGCAGCUCCAGUUUUUCCAGGAUGUAAGUGACCGAAUAGAAAAGGAGGCCUUGGACGGUCCAAUCGUACGGCAGUUGGAGAGAGGCGGGAGAGCUGUGGUCAAGAUGGACUGGCGGGAGAACAUCACUGUCCCCCUGCAGACAGAUCUGCGCAAAUUCAGAACCUACAAAGGUGGCUCUGUGAGAGACCUCCUCCGAGCCAUGAGAAACAAGAAACACCACUACCGGGAGCUCCCCGUGGAGGUUCAGGAGACGCUGGGCUCCAUCCCGGAUGACUUUGUGCGCUACUUCACUUCCCGCUUCCCCCACCUCCUCUCUCACACCUACCAAGCCAUGGAGCUGUGCAGACAUGAGAGACUCUUUCAGACCUACUACUGGCACGAGCCCACAGAACCCCAGCCUCCAGUGAUUCCAUAUGCCCUCUGAGCUAGGGCAGCCCUCUGGUCUGGUGGCCCCAAUAAUGACCAUGGGCCCGAUCUCUGCAGUCAUAGUUUGUUGCCUCUGGGAUUAGCAGGAAGACUAAGCUUCGCAAAUCAAGUGCCUUGAGCUGCUGAUCUGCAGCCAGAAGAGGAUAACGCUGAUCCUAGGACGCAGGGGAAGAUGGUCCCUCAUGACUACAGAGACCUGAGGAGAUGUGGCCCUGAAACCUUGUAGUGAAGGACGUCUACGAAGGCAGCCUGUCCCAGAGGCUGCAAAGGAAACAGCAUCAGCCUUUCACCGGAUGAGCUUGCUCCCACUUCUCUUUCUUUCUAAAAUUCCUGUGGGAUGGCAUUUUGGGGGGCCUUUCAGUGAGAGUAGAGGAAUCUGGUUUUGCCUGCAUGGUGGAAGCAGCCUGGUUGGGGUAUUGCAUGUGCAGCCUCUGAUAGAAAUGGUUUGAGAGAUGUGGGGUGCUAAGGAAGAGAUGUUCAGAGGUGUUGCCAUGGGGAUAGGAGGCACCUCCAAGUUACUGAUAGCCCGUGUUGCCUCAUGCAGCAAGUUGUGAGAGUGGGUUGUGGAGACUCGUUAGCAAUGCUGUGGACACUGACAUGUGCUGUGGGUCUGGAAGAUGAAGCAGACACUCAGUUCUGGAUGUGGUGCUGGCCCAGCACAGUGGCCUAAAUAGUGGCCCCUGAUAGGUUGAAUCCUGGCUAUGUGGGCCAGAGAUGAGUUUCCUGGCCACCAGGUGGCAGCUAAGACCAGACAGGGACAGAGACAGAUUGUCAGGGCCAGAGAGGAGCAACUAGAGGGAGCUUCCCAGUCACUCAAAGAUGCUAAGAACUAGAAGGUGAGUGAUAUGGUCCCUCUACCCCAGAGGCCAGCAGAUUAGCGCAUAGAUUAUGAAUCAAGGCCCUGGGGGUAGAGAGCCAAGGUCAGGCUACCACAGACUUUGUAGGCCAGCUUUUAUGUUUCUCCUGGCAGGUUUUAAUAAGUGAAUUUUGAUCAUAUUGCAGAAAGCUACGUUUGCAUAAAUAAAUUAAAUGUAGCUUGAUGCUUGUGAAGAAGAAAUGCAAGAUAUAUCUUCUGUUUUAUGUUGUACCAAAAAUCGCCAUUCCCUUGAUAAUGUAGACCAUUGUGUAAUGCUGAAGAGGAAGACAUUCUAGCAACACUGUGUAAAUGUAUUAAUGUCAAAGUAGUUACAUCAGUACCAUUUUUCUCUAAGCCUAAUUUUUAAUUUUAUUUCCCAUCAGAAUCUAUUGUCUUCUCCCUCCCAGGAUCCUUAGAGGCUCCGGGAGUCAGGGUAUGUGGGGGAGAUUCUGUGUAGGAUCCUUGGAGCCAGCCGUGGUUUCUAUUGUGUAGCCGUGGGGAGCUGAGGCGAACAGUGGCCUCAGCAGCUUCAUGCACUGCACUGACUGGAGUCACUGCCCCUGCGUCCCCUAAGAGGGCUUCUGGGUGUGCUGGAACCAGGGCCACUUACCCAAAGCUCCCCUGCUGCUGUAAAAUUGGAUUUUCUUACUUUCAUGGUGGCCAAAGAGGACUUUUUCUUAACCUCCUACAUCUUUGGACCUCAUGGGUGACCCUGUUUAGACCCUGGAACCUCAACCCCAUGUUUGGCUUCCUGCUCACUUCUCAGCAUAGCCCUUUGUCAGUGGCUGAGAGGUAACAGCCAAGACCAAUGUGAGGAAGAGGAACCAAUGUCACCGGGGGCUGCUGCUCACCUUGCUCCUCGUGCCUGGGCUCCCCUUUGGGAAGUGCUGAAGUUUUUUAAAGGCUCAACUUGGUGUUACCUUCCAGUUUGCAUGGAGUCAGCUUUUCAAAUGUCUUUGCCGUUUAUCAGAUCAGCUCUAACCAAUCAAAUUUCUAAAAGUCCUCUGUUCAUUAUACUUAUUUGAAAACUUUGUGUAGAGCUAGGUGGGACAUGAGAUGCUCGGGACAUAGAGGAAGAAUACAGGAAAGACUUCUGUCUUUGAAGCCUCCUGAGAGUCAGCAGCACACAGUGUCAGGGCAGAAAGAAAACUCCAGUGGUUAGGAAGGGUGUGUAUUUGGGGUUUGCCCUGCUUGUGCCUUAAAACUGUCCCAUCUCGAAAUCAGUCAGGUCUCGUCAGCUCACCUUCUGCCCAUCCUCUGGGUGUGUCAUGAAAAUGCUGUGAGUCUGGAUGCUCAGCCGGAGAUGCUGGCUUUGGGUCAGGGUAGCUCUGUAGCGUUACACAUCCCCAGAGGCUGCCAGAUUGUCUACAAGUACAGCAUCUUCAGCUUUAGCAUGGAAUUGAGCUGUGUCUGUGAUGUUGUCUUUGUUUAACCCUUGUCUUGUAUUGAAAUUUCAGUUUAGGAAGUGUGCCGUUUCAUUAGGUACCAAAGCACUUGCACUUUUGGGAACAUAGGUGUCACUUGGUAAAUCACUAGGCCAUCUCGAGACUGAAGGUGAACCUCUGAUUGCAGAGGUGUCCCCUGCUCCUGAUACAGCAGUAGCCGCAGGCUCUUCCCAUGAUGCAAUACAGAAAGGAUGGAGGUCUGAGAUCACUGGAUAUGGCUGAGUGGUUUCCACCAAACUGAGGAUAGGCACGAAACUCUCCUCAGUCCACCUGACUUUGUGGAAGUUUUAUGUGCAUGCGGUUCAGUUAGCUGUAGCAGCUCCUUUUCCCAAAGUAAAAGGCUAAUCUGUUGGUUGCUGCUGUGACUGCUGCAGAGCCAUCUCUGGCUGCAAGCUGUCUUGUGCUGGCCCUUGCUUGUCAUCUGCAGGGCUUUGGUCCCACUCUCCAGCUGUGCCAGGAUUCUUUUGUCUGCUUCUGGGUCUGCUCCGUUUUCACCACUGCCUUCAUCAUCAUGGUCCAGAGGUGUAGGAAGAGCCAGGAGUGCAAGCAGUAGCUACCCUGGAGAGAGCCAUUGAAAUUCACCCUGCUCUGUGGCUGAUUUUCCAGCAGUGUCCUUGCUCAUCCCUCUUGUCUGGAAGCCAUGGUGUUGGCCAUCUGGGGCCUGACAUCAGCUUCACCUGAAGGUUAUCAGACCUCUACCUGAGGUCUGAAUUCUUUUAAGCCAAAGUGCCUGCUCCCCUCCUCUCCCCUUCCCCCCCCCCAUCUUGGUUUUCAUGAUGAACUAGUGAAUUUCCGUGCGUAAAUCUGGUUGCUCUUGGCACUUUGGUCUCUUCUGUACUUACUAGAAAGCCUCCGAAGCCCGUCUGUGCUGAGCCACCCCCAGAGCAGCCUUAUCCACACUGCUUGCCAGAGUCCUGUGGCCUCAUCUCUCCUGUUCCCCUGUGUGUUUGGGUAUAGUAUUCCUUCCCAGUUGUCCCUAAAAUUGUGAUGGGGGAGUCCCCACUCACCUAAGCAUUACCAGCCAGCUAUGUGGCAUCCCAACACGAAGACCUUGUGUAGUUCUUUUUGCAAUGACAUAUUUAUUGAAUCUAUUUAUAUUUAUUUAAUUUUUACUCUGAAGUAUAUCCGGUUACAAUUGCACUUGCUUAAAGCACAUCAGAUCUAUUUUGGACAAUACCCCUGACCAUUCUAAAACUGGAAAAGGAAAAGUUACACUGUAUCCUGCCACCUUAUGGUAGCCUUGUCUUUAAAGGGUGAAUAAUUUGGUCUGGGUAAAAUGUUAAUUUUUAGAUGAUUUUUUAAAAAAAUCUUGUGCCAUGUGUCUUCUCUGUGGACAGUUAAUUGUUUAAUUGAUAUGUGCUGAUUGUGUGAUUCACUCCUCUUUGUGGAAACUAAAAUAUUCUUUUUAGCUUUAUAUUUUAUAAACUGCCAGAUUGUACAACUUUUAUGUGUAUUUUUAAAGCUCAUGAUAUGAGGAUCAUUAUCUAAACGGCCUAUUUUUUUACCUCUUUUACAGUUUUAUAAUUCUGCUCAUUGAUGAAGGCGACUUAUGCUGAGCCAACCACAAAUAAAGGUAGUUUUAGAUUUGGGA